AGCACAAAGAUGGAAGCUAUGGCCACGAAUGACGCUGUCCAGUGGAUCAACAACGCUUACACGCGGGGAGAACCUCCAAUCAUGACGUUUAGCCUCUUCCAGAUGGAUACGCUACGAUAUGUGCUCGGGGAAGAUCCGAUCUCAGAGAGCAUGGCAACCUACGGCAAGCUAUGGCAAUGUCCGUUGAACGCCGGCUUCUACCACGACCUAGUCUAGCUUCAUCCACCUCAGCUCCCCCCUUCAUCGUGAAACAUGCUCUCGUGUCGGUCUACUUUGGCAGUAUAAGCACCAGUUCAAACUUGGGGAAUCAAUAUGGGACAGAAGAGCAGUUGCCUCACGCACAAACAUACCGAUUUAGGAACCGCAUCGGCCGAACAGCAUCGCCAGCCUGAGAACGGCACAGCCCAGGACCUUCUCAAGGAUAUCGCCCGGAAAAGCAAGCUCCAGGCUCGCGGGAUGUCGGGGAAAUGUCAAGAUGGCGAGGCUAGCACCGGGAGCUCGAUGCACGUAGCGGAGCAGAAUGGAAACGCAGUUGGCGAGAGUGCAUCAACAAAGCGGUUGAGGAUCACCUCAACUGAAGAUACUGAUACGGAGACAACUGUUACUGCGCCCGUCGUUCAAGAGGUCGUGAAACCCCACGUCCACGAGAUUCGACAAGAGGAAAUCCAUCGCGACAUCCAUGUACACACAAACCACACCAUUAUCCAGCCUGUCUACGAUCUCGAAGCUCUACCACCGCGGCACUUUGUCCCCGACGAGACUGGAAAGCUGGUUGAGGUCAGCGAGUCAGACCUACCCGCGUGCACGGGACGAAAUGCCCAAUGGCACAUCGCGGCUGGCCCCGUCCCCGACAAAACCAAGAGCAAGCAGGCUCUCGGGACGGCGGCGAUUACCAAAACCGGGUCACCCAAUAGCAGCAGCAGGGCCAUGAACGACUCGGACACUUCCUCGUCGACGGAUUCCGUGCCCGUGAUGGAGGUUGGCCAGCAAGAAGAAGCGAAGCCAAUUGUGCAGAAGGCUGCCGUCCCAAGGUCAAUAACGACGCAAGCCAAUGAAGGUACGACAAAGAAAACCUCUCGACUGCCGAAACCGUCGACUGCGGGUCAAACAACAACGGUGGCUGCAAAGUAGCAAAGCCUGAGCUGCAUUUGUGUCCAUCUAGGUGUGUUGCGGGAAGGCUUUGUCAUUGGUUGCCUAUGUCUUUCUUUUGUUGUCAAAGUAUGUUGGUCAAAGACACGGCGAUUGUCAGUUAGCGGCUUGUUAUCAAGCUUGGUGAGAGAUGAUUCAAGUUGGGAAUGGUGGAAAUUUAGACGUGUCCAAGGUAGAUACCUCCCUACAGCUAGGUACAUGAUUCUCUUUAAAGAAAAAGAAAAUGGAUAUGGGUAGUGACUUUCCAGUCAGGAUUACAGUUGUGUAUGGGAGC